CCCUGCAGUUCUUUGAAUGGCUGCCUGAGGCUGGCUGUUUGAGUGACAGGUGGGGGGGGCGUAUGCUUGCCACAAACCAAAGUGUCGGCUCCACGUGCGCCCCCUCGUCUUUGCCCAUUUUUUGAUUAGCCGGGAGUUCGGCAGAGUUAGGCACAAGGUGGCAACAGCAGAGCAGCUCGAGCUUCAAAACUGCUCUUCAAAAACCUGUGGGUGAUGCCACGGAGGCUACGUCCAUCUUUAUUUAGAGUCUAAGGUCCUGACGGCUGCUUUUAGGGCUGUCUCUGAAUACAGACUGUGUGCCUUUCGCUGCAAUACUUUCACAGUAUAAAUAUAGAACCUAGACCAAGAACACAUCUACCUUUACAGUAUAUGGGACCUUUAAUGGUCUGUGAUCCAGUGAUGCUAAGCUCAAGGAAAGUUUCCACAAGGGGACAAAGUAUGUUCUAUCUAGAGGCAUCAAAUGGCAUCAAAAUAGUUCACCCUAUUCCAUGCCCUGAGAUAGUGAUCAUCAGCACAAUGAUUUCUUAUAUGUUUACAGGUUUAUAAAAGUACUGCACUGAAGUCAGUGAGAGUGGAUAACCUAAUUGUAUCUACUGACUGAUGUUAGCUAUAUCCGUAAUGAUAGAUGUGACUUUUAUUUCCAUGAUGUUCCCACACAUGCAACCUGCAGUGGUGCAGCCAGUUGACAACAGGGACUUUAAGCAGUGACGGUUAAAGUACGGCGCCCAUAUACAUUCCAAUGAGUUCUCGUUGUGAUGGAAAUCAAAGAUCACUAAGUGAUUAACUCUAACAAUGGCUGCUUUACUACUUCAGGAAAGCGAGGGAGUUCUGAACAUUGCUACAAUAUGCCUCUUAAAAUGACCUGAGAGAGUUUGUCUAAAUCCAUCUGUUCCUUCAGCACCACGGACAUGGUUUCAUCAAUACACAGACAAUGGCAGGUUAACAACAGUUUGUGCUGACAUGUCUAUGAAUAAACUGGAAAAAUCUGUCAAAUUAUCUUAAACAAAUACACUCACAAUCCUCUACUGACGGUAUAAUUGAAAAUAAACAACAUGACUGUGUCAAAUAUGACAACAACGUAUAAUUACCCACUAACUCUUUUAUGUGUCACAGGGUACAAACUAGUCUUGCUCCUGUCAGCUGGUAUCGUUGGAAGUUUCGACAUAGAAUCUACAUCAUUGCAUCAUCAUUCAACUGUCGCUGCUUAAAGUCCUUAUUCUGCAGUACACGUCAUCAAAUCAUCAUCACUCAUAUCUCGUCAUCAAAACACAAAACACAAACAACAGCUAACUCUGCGAGGUGUUGAAAAUGCAUGGUUAUUUGAGAUUGUUAAUAUUGGUUUGUUGAUCCACAUCUCGAAAGCGUUGGGACAUAUGUCCCCACCAUGUAUACAAAUCUACACAUAUGGCACUUUGUACCCCAGCAGUAGUAAUAGUAGUAAUAGUAGUCCCUUUAAUAAAUACACAGAGAGUGUCUGAAAAAAACCCAUCCCUGUUGGAGCAAGCAGGAUGACAGAGUUGUAGCUUGCUCUCUGCUGUUACAAUCACAAGCUUUUAGUGCAGAUGCUAGUUUUAGUGCCAAGAUAAAUAAUUUACUUGUGAGAUUAUUUUCUGUCCUCUGCAGUGCAGACAGGGUUGCUCAUAGGGCUCUUUGUGUGCCGUGUGACCGAGUAGGAGGGAGAGGAAAGCCAUAUUAACUCCUUCACCAACUACUUUUAAAGCAAUCCAGAGCCAGCUCUGUUUGGCAUUAGACUGAGUAAAAGACACACUGCUUCAUCCAGCCAUCACCGAGCUCUACCAUGAGCAGUGUAGUCCAGAACCCCUACAUCGGCCGAACGCCAACCAGUCGGCAAACAGUGGUGUGUCUCCCCACAGUGAAUUAUCCUCAUGCAUGUCACAAUACCAUAGAUGUCUACCCAGGCACCUAGUAUAUUCCCAAGCCUGGGGGCAGUGGAGGGGCGCAACCUGGAAGUCGAGACAGCGGUGGGAUUUGUCGAAGCAGUAGCAUCAGCAGUGGAAGCGGCGGGCCUGGAGGCAAGAUAAUGUCUCUGUCGUCCAUGAGUGACAGUAUGCACAGUGGCCUGAGCUGUUUCCUGUCAGAGCAAGCGCUGGAGCAGGAAGAAAAGCAGCAGCGCAGUCGCCAGUUAGCAGAGUUUCAACGCCUGAAAGAGGUUCGUGCAGCUGCUCAGCUCAAAAACCUGGAGGAUUUCCUCAGGAUGAACCAUGUGUCACUCAGGGAAAGCAUGUCUUAUUCCACUGGUAUGAUUUACAGAAACCUGGGGAAAUCAGGGCUGAGGGUGUCCUGUCUAGGAUUAGGCACGUGGGUUACCUUUGGAGGACAGAUAACGAAUGAGGUGGCAGAGGAGCUGAUGAGCGUGGCGUAUGAAAAUGGAAUCAAUCUUUUUGACACGGCUGAAGUGUAUAAUGCUGGAAAGGCUGAAAUCGUCUUGGGAAGUAUCAUAAAGAAGAAAGGAUGGAGGCGUUCCAGUUUAGUCAUCACCACCAAAAUCUUCUGGGGUGGAAAAGCAGAGAUGGAAAGAGGACUGUCCAGAAAACAUAUCAUUGAGGGUCUAAGAGCGUCACUAGAGAGACUUCAGCUCGAAUAUAUAGAUGUGAUUUUUGCAAAUCGACCGGAUCCUAACACACCUAUAGAAGAGACGGUGAGGGCGAUGACCCAUGUGAUCAACCACGGGAUGGCCAUGUACUGGGGUACAUCACGAUGGACCUCCAUGGAGAUCAUGGAGGCCUACUCUGUGGCACGACAGUUCAACCAGAUUCCACCCAUCUGCGAACAGGCAGAGUACCACAUGUUCCAGAGGGACAAGGUUGAGGUGCUGCUCCCUGACCUCUUCCACAAGAUCGGUAUUGGAGCUAUGACCUGGUCUCCACUGGCCUGUGGGAUUAUCUCAGGGAAGUAUAACAGUGGGAUCCCCCCUCAUUCACGUGCCUCGCUGAAGGGUUAUCAGUGGAUGAAGGACAAGAUCCUGAGUGAGGAGGGACACCGUCAGCAGGAAAAACUGAAGGAGUUGCAGGCGGUUGCCGAGCGACUGGGCUGCACUCUGUCCCAACUAGCUAUUGCCUGGUGUUUGAGGAACGAAGGGGUGAAUUCUGUGCUGCUGGGAGCUUCCAGGACCGACCAGCUGCUGGAGAAUAUCAGAGCAAUACAGGUUCUUCCAAAGUUAUCGCUGUCUGUUGUAUCGGAGAUGGAUGGCAUCUUGGGAAACAAGCCCUAUAAUAAAAAGGACUUCAGAUCCUAGAAGCAGCGGUGAUGAACUGUCACACUGUCCUCUGCUUCUGAACAAGCAGCGACACACAGCAGCAACCAUGAAUGAUCUGGAAUCUGUUUCCAGUACAACAGACACAACGAACAAAAACUGUGCCAUCAUUCAUUUCACCAAGUCACUGUACCGUCACUCCACCUUCUUCGUCACGUUUGCACUUAUCGCCACCUAAUAUUAUCAGUUUCUACAAUUUGUAAAACGAAUCAACUGAACAAGUGAAUCAUGGGAGUUCGAUCCGGCUUGGUGGACACAAACACUUCUACACAGUCUUGUUGCCUUAGCAUGUUGCAGAGUCUGUAACUUCUGUGCAAUGAAGCCGACUGACCACAAAACCUAAUAGUGUGAUAUAAUAACAUUUUCACUGCAGUAACAACAAGCAUGUUAAACGGUGUUCAUUUUGGUAUUUGGAUUUAUUUUCUGGGAUGUUGUUGUUACGAGGAUGACAGAGGUCUGUCGCGCUUCUGAGGGUCGGAUCUGAAGGUAGGUCGUGAAUUGGAGGACUUGUUGGAUUGUAUGUCAAAUCUUAAAGUGAAUGGUGCUGUUUAAUACAUUUAAUGCAGUCGGUCCGGUCGUAAAGUUGUCAAUAAAGCUGAAAUAGACAGAGCAGUGACUUAUUAAAUAACGCAUUUGGAAAAGGCGCACUUUUUACACAGGAUGCCACACAGUGGGUUUUACACCUGAACAUUAUGUUGAAUGUUAAAUGUUGUUGAUUUCACUGACUGGUGACUGUCAAAGCAUCCAGUGUCCUUCACCUGUUAACGCUCAGAUAGCUGCAACAUAUCCCCAAGUGACCCUCUGUAAGAAUAAAGUAAUACAUUUAAACAAAAAGCUGCAGCAAUAUUUUGUGUCAGAGAGAGGGAGAGAGAAGGGAACAUGACUUGACUGUUCAGACAAUAUUGAAAUAAAUGAGGCAAAUGAGUCAGAAGUUUACAUACACUACAAACUCUGCCUCUUUGACGGGAAAAUCUGAAGAAAUCAGUCAAUAUGUCAGAAAAAUAAUGUGGAACUUCACAAGUGUGUGUUGGGGGGGGGGUUAAAACUUGGUCGCAAAUUCAUGUGGCUUAAUAUUUCAUCAGUGUAUGAGGUCAAAUUCUGGAAACAUGUCUUUGCUGAAGGGGGUCAACAAUAACAAACGCUCGAAACUGGAAUAACAUGAAUGUCUGUAGAAUGACAUCUUCCACAAAUAUGGAGAGCUGCAACUAAAAGUUCUCACACACACACACACACACACACACACACACACACACACACACCACACUGUUGCACUGGGUUUAGAUUCCACUUAGCCAAAAUGUUCACAGUUGAGUUAAAAUUUAGAUUUUUUUUAAAAAACUGUUUUGCUAUUAGUCCAUUUCCACCAGAGGAACUUAUCGACCUGUAUCCUGGAGAUUCCAAUAACCUGAACCAAGACCCGUAUGGCUUCUGGAUGUGGGUGAUGUCAUAAAUUCAUGAGGUUAGUAUAAAGAUCAGCUAAUCUAGUAUACUGGCAAUAUAUAUUUCUAUGUGUAGGAGCAUGUAAUGGACAAAGUAGUAUAGUUAAUGUUAGUGAGGCUAAAUAUGAGUAGGAUGGUGGUGGUACUGGUUUCCAGGGAAUGCAAACACUGUGUGUGUGUGGUCAGGCACAAUGAGACACCGGGAGAAGCAGCAGUUCAAUUCCAGUCUUUAGCUUAAGCUUAUUUAUCACAGGAAGGUGGCUGACAACUGUGGCUCGUUUUUAUCUAUUAAACAGAAAAUGUAUUGAUUGUAUGUAUUAAUUCCAUUAGAAACAUAUAAAUUGUCAUAAGCAACUACUAACAUAACUUGUGUCACACGGUGAGGUCAAGUUUGGGUUUGUCCUGUCUCCAUGUCUUGUCAUUUCCUGUUUUAUUUUGAAAGGUUAACUCUCCUCUCGUUUCAGGUCACUUGCCCUUCCUCAUGUGUCACCUGUCUGAGUGUCUUCCCUGAUUCCUGAUUGUGUCCACCUGUUCCCCAUUUGCCCUAAUGUGUGUUAUAGUCUGCGUCUCCCUUUGUCUUGUGCCAGAGUGUCUCGUUCCAGUCGUGCACCCCAGCUUCCUAUCACGGUCCAUGCCUUGCCUUGUCUUUGCCUUAUACUUCGUCUUUACUUCCUUGUGAGUGAUUUUUUGUUUGUAAUUUCAUAGAAUAGAGUUUUUUGUUUGUCAAGUUUAGAGUGGUUUUAGUAACCUCCAUGUGAGUGAUUUUUUGUUUGUAUUCUCAUAGUGAAGAGUUUUGUUUGUCAAGUUCAUAGCAGUUUUUGUAGCCUCCUUGUGGAGUGAUUUUCUGUUGGUUUAUUCCUUUUUUGUUUCAGCAGUUUUGUCCCUCCAGUUGGAAUGGUUUUUGUUUAUUAGAUUCUUCCUGAAUAGCAUAAUUUUUCAUAGUUGGUUUUAUUUGUCACUCCCUCUCGAGGUAGGAGUAUUUAAAUAAAGACUGCCUUAUUGACACUCUG